ACUGCGCUUUUACGCUCAGUGCGCUACAGAGUGAGUGUUUGUAGCUCUCGGCUGGAUGUCUGUUGCAGGAACUAAAGUUUCGUUCACUGAUAUUUGGCGGAUAUUUUGGUGAAAUCCGACGGAAUUACUUUUCUGAAGGAAAAAAAAGGCGUGUGACUGAGCGAGUGUGUGAGGAGGCACAGAGGUGUGUGAGUGAAGUGAACAUGUCUAUCCUCCCGUUCACACCUCCGAUUGUGAAGAAGCUCCUUGGAUGGAAAAAAGGAGAGCAGAAUGGACAAGAAGAGAAAUGGUGUGAAAAAGCGGUGAAGAGUCUGGUGAAGAAGCUGAAGAAGACGGGCCAACUUGACGAGUUGGAAAAAGCCAUAACUACGCAGAAUAUCAACACGAAAUGUAUCACCAUACCGAGGUCUCUGGAUGGGCGUCUGCAGGUAUCUCACAGAAAAGGCCUCCCUCACGUUAUCUACUGCCGGCUAUGGCGAUGGCCUGACCUGCAGUCACACCAUGAGCUGCGUGCUAUAGACCAGUGCGAGUUCGCGUUCCAUAUGAAGAAGGACGAGGUGUGCGUCAACCCCUACCAUUACCAGCGUGUGGAGACGCCAGUUCUUCCUCCCGUGCUGGUUCCCCGACACACUGAUAUCCCUGCAGAAUUCCCCCCACUGGACGACUACAGCCAUUCUAUCCCCGAGAACACCAACUUUCCUGCAGGCAUUGAGCCUCUUAUCAACUACAUACCUGAGACACCCCCUCCAGGGUAUCUCAGUGAAGAUGGUGAAAGCAAUGAUCAACAGAAUCGCAGCAUGGACACAGGUUCUCCAAACUUGUCACCUAACCCUGUUUCCCCUGCAAGUAGCAACCCUGACCUGCAGCCAGUAACAUAUUGUGAAUCGGCGUUCUGGUGCUCUAUCUCGUACUAUGAGCUGAACCAGCGGGUAGGGGAAAUAUUCCAUGCGUCACAGCCCUCUCUCACCGUGGAUGGCUUCACGGAUCCAUCCAAUGCUGAGCGAUUCUGCCUGGGUUUGCUGUCCAACGUGAACCGCAACACAGCUGUGGAGCUAACGCGCAGACAUAUUGGUCGGGGAGUGCGGCUGUACUACAUAGGCGGUGAAGUGUUUGCAGAGUGUCUGAGUGACAGUGCCAUCUUUGUCCAGAGUCCUAAUUGCAACCAGCGCUACGGCUGGCACCCUGCCACCGUGUGCAAGAUUCCUCCAGGCUGUAAUCUAAAGAUCUUCAAUAACCAGGAGUUUGCGGCUCUGUUGGCUCAGUCGGUGAAUCAGGGAUUUGAAGCUGUGUACCAGCUGACCCGCAUGUGCACAAUCCGCAUGAGCUUCGUCAAAGGCUGGGGAGCAGAAUAUAGGCGCCAGACUGUAACCAGCACCCCCUGUUGGAUAGAGCUACACUUAAAUGGCCCCCUGCAAUGGCUGGACAAGGUGCUCACUCAGAUGGGCUCACCCAGCAUCCGCUGCUCCAGCGUGUCAUAGGAGACUCGGCACCACUGGUUUCGCAACCAGGAACCAUCAAUUGCCUGCAAACUAACCGAUAGAACAUGAGAAAGCUGGACGGACAGACAGACAGACAUCCUCUCAAGUGUUUCCUUUUAGUGUCACUCCAUUGCUUGCCAGUCCAGUCUCUCUCUCUCUCUCUCUCUGGCGUGCGCACACACACACAUACACAUUUGAGCACUUUUUAUUGCUGAUACCUAUACAGCAUGGCUUGAAUAGCUGUGCAUGAUAUGUAGAUUUGUUUUGGUCAUACAAAGAUGGAUAUCUAUUUUGGCGCUUUUUUUUUUUUAACAUUUAAUUUUAAGCUUGGCUUAAAACAUGACUUAUUGAACCAUAGAGUUUAAAAACUUCAUAUUAAUUGAAGAUGGAUAUGGAUAAUUAAUUAGUGAAGUAGAUUUUUAUUAUUAGUCACACACACAGCUUGCAGUACUUGAAAAGUUGCAGCACUAUCUGAAGUUUUUUUGUUUUUUUCUUUUCCCAGGCUCAGCAGUAUGCUGUGCCACGCAUUUAUCAAUUUCAUAGGCCCUUAAUCUCGGAGCGGUAGUACUGUAUCCCCAUGGUCUUUGUUCAAAUGGCUGUACGGGAGUAUAACCCUAGCUGUUAGCUGUUUUAAAGUGAACAGUAGCUAGGUACUGCUCGUUUGGUGUGUUGGCGCUCACAUGCCAUAUUGGGCUACAUGCACUGAGCAGUUCAGCACAAGUUAUAGGAUGGUUCAAAUGCUGUUAACCUGUUUAGUGUUCUUUUUCUGAUCGUAUGAAAACUAGCCGUCUGUCUCUUUUCAAGAUGAUACAAAGCACAUCUUGAUACAAGAUGUCAUAUCUGAAAGAUAUAUUUAAGAUUUAUGUUGUGACUUGAAGCUGUUUGUGAUGCCAUGUAAUUCAGAUGCUACUAAUUUUUUUUUUUUUUGACACUGGUUCCAGGAAAAAUACCCGGCAGGUGUAAAUCAGUAGAACACCCACCACCACAACCACACACACACUUGCCUUUUUUUUUUUUUUUAAAUCUCCAAUAUUACCAGGAAUACGUUUUACAACUUCCUGCUGUGCUAGUUGGGGAACAUUUGGUGAAUUGUGUUUGAGAAGUUCUUUACCAAAUCCCAAACACGCUGUUCUGUAGAGAGGCAGAUGUCUUGCAGCUGCAAUUAUGUCAUGUGGUAAAUCAUGUUUUGAAUGUUGCGCUGUUUUACUACAUCCAUGAAAUAGGCGGCGCGUGUGCGCACACACUUUGGCCUAGUCUGUGUUCCACUUUCUUUAUCUUUAGAGCAUGUGCAUGGUUCCUGAUUUAUCAAUAUAAAACUAAGCUCAAAGUAAAUAAGGUUACUCACCAAGGUCCAGUAGACUGCAUUUAAAAACAAACACACACAGCUCCAGCUAUCUCAGUCAGUCGUUCUCCACAGCAAGUUGCAAGGUAAUUUACCUGGAAAGGGUUAGGCGUGGCUCCAAGUAGAAAGAAAAAGAAAAGUGAUAAUGGUGCCCGGCGGCACGGUGGUGUAGUGGUUAGCGCUGUCGCCUCACAGCAAGAAGGUCCGGGUACGUGGGCCUUUCUGUGCGGAGUUUGCAUGUCCGUGUGGGUUUCCUCCGGGUGCUCCGGUUUCCCCCACAGUCCAAAGACAUGCAGGUUAGGUUAACUGGUGGCUCUAAAUUGACCGUAGGUGUGAAUGUGAGUGUGAAUGGUUGUGUGUGUCUAUGUGUCAGCCCUGUGAUGACCUGGCGACUUGUCCAGGGUGUACCCCGCCUUUCACCCGUAGUCAGCUGGGAUAGGCUCCAGCUUGCCUGCGACCCUGUAGAACAGGAUAAAGCGGCUAGAGAUAAUGAGAUGAGAUGAGACAUUCAGCUCCAGAAAUAUGAUUAUUUCUCUUAAAUAUUCAGUGGGAGAUCAAAGGAGAUGCGCAGAACCUUUUAUUUUUAAAUAAAUUUGAGUGGAUAGUAUCUCCAUCCUUGACUCUUGUAUGCUGCAUAAAUGGGAAUAAAAAAAUAUAUAUUUGAGAGUUAAUCUCGACCGCAAAGUUGGCAUUGGUGAUAAUAUUGGAGAUAAUAGUGCCCUAGAAAAAGUACAUAAUUAACUAUGCGUUAAUUUGACAACCCUCGGUUAUCAUGUUAGAAGCCUUUGGUAUUUUUUUUUAUAUCAAAUACUGAAAAUGGUGCAAUUUUUUAUGGUACUUAGUCUAGUGUAGCACAACUUUAACUAUGUAAAGCACUUGUCUUUAUCAGAGUAAACAAAUCGUUCUGUUCAGUGCUGAAAAUUGGACGCGUCAGUGACAUAACUAUCCAUCGUUUCAGGAAAACGAAAAUUUGUAAAAACAAAAACAAGCAUUUUGCAAAACAAGCAGACAGGAGCGUGCAGCAGUGCGUUUUUGCUUUCAUCUCGUGCACAUUACAAGCCUACGAGAAGGGCCCCAAUGAGUAGCACAGACCCAGCUGUUUUAUAUUGAUUUUUUUCCCCCCCUCUUCUUUCUCAUGCUUUUUGCUUUAAUACGUCUUUGGCUGCAGUCUCAGCUUUACUAAAGUAUUUAGGCAUCGAAAGCUUGAUGAAUCAGGAAACGUUACAUACAGCAGCUACAACUAUUCAAGGCAGUAGAUGUAAUAUCAGAGAAUGAAGAGGAACUCCAGUGCAUGUUAUAGUUAUAGAUUGAUCACCACUGAGUUUUUUUUUUUUGGCAGUCCUGGUCAAAUUUCUGGAGCUCGAGCUUUAGAAUACUACGCCCAGGCUGCCUGUGGGUGACUGGAUCAGGGCCCAUGUUUUUAUCAAGCUUUUAACAGUGUGCUGAUCCAAGAUUGUUGGCCCCUACUGCUUUUACCCUUAUACUGACUGUACAUAUAUGCAGACAUGAGAGAAAGCCAAGCCUGUCUGAGGUUCUUUUGUUCACUAGAGACCAAACUAGCCCAAGAAAGAAAUGGGUGGAUGAAAAAAAAGAACACUUCUGGGGUUAUUUCACUCAUGGUAUACUAUUAUGUAUGGCACAUCAAACGGAGAAUUCAAACUCAGGAUCAUGUGGCCACUUGAAAGAAAAAUCUUCACGCACACAUUUCUAUAUAGAGAGUUGUGUCACUGCCAAUUGUGUGUGGGGGGUAAACAAAAUGGAUGGUCUGUUGUACAUUGAAGACUAUAAAAAUAUUUUUGAAACAAUGUCAGGCUGAGGAAAACACUGCUGGUAGCGCCUGAUGUGUGCUUACGGUUUUACUACAGAGGUUGAAUUCUCACACGGAACGCUCUGUACUCGUGGCUGGAAUCCCCCCCCCCCCUUGAGCCAGGUCCGAUCAGUAAGAUGGACAGAUAUUAUAUUGUAUUUAGCCUAAAGCUUGAGUAUAGAAUUACACUGACUGGAUCCUUUUGAUUAAUUUCAAUUCUUGAAUUUCCAACAAUAAUCAGCAGUUGCACUUUGUUUGAGCAGGUACACUUAGACUUCAGCUGCCUCCUGCUGAUAGCUUCGGCAAUUACACGUUGAAAUAUCGCUCACUCGAUUCCUUUACAACUUGCUUACGAAAAAGAGCAAUGAAGUCAUAAGGAACUACAUUUACAGAAUAGUUGACCCCUGUGGUUAUAUCUCCUCUUAACACAGAACCCUAAACUGUGCGUUCAGUGCUGUAGACCCUGCUGGAUCUCGUCCUGUAACAAACUGUCCGCAGCGUCCAUGCUGGGUCUUGAUUCUUGUCUUUUUUUUUUUUUCAAAAUUGAAAUACCGCUCUGUAGUAUCAUGCUCUUAUCCAUAUGCUCAUUAUGUGAGGCAAACGUAAAUCUGUUCGUCUUAUGGUUUCAGUACUUAAAUUACCCUUAUCCUUGUAUUUUUCAAACGUUACUUAGUUCGUUGGCCUUAAAUGCGCAUACUCUCCGCCACCGUACCUACAUAGAUUUUCCUUACAUUAACUGUUUAAGCUAUUGUUAUAUUGCUUCAUUUUGUUAUUAAAAAAAAUAAAUUUGUAAUAAAAUGUGUAUUUUAAAACUG